AUGUCCAAAAUGGAUUUUACGAACAUGUCCCGUCAAGAGAUUCUUGAUCUCGCAAUCCCAAYACCAGGAUACGCAGAAAUGCUCAAGCUCUGGCCUCCGAUGCGAAUGAACUGGGACGACCUCCAUGGCGCAGCAGCAAAAGUCCGGGUCCUCACAGAAAUGGCCGACGAGGAUGAUGAGGAAGAUCCUCUUGUCCGAGAAGAAUUCCUCAAAGCACCAGCCCGAGAUGGAUAUGAACUUGAAAUGCGAGUCUUUCGCUCCAAAAAGCCAUCAGAAACUCCAGGACCUCUGGUUAUUCUUUGGCACGGCGGGGGUUGGUGUAUCGGUAGUCCGACCAUGGUGGCUAACAUGUCUCGAGAUCUGGUCAAAACAUUUGGAGCAGUGGUUGUAGCUCCGAGAUAUCGUCUCGCACCCGAGAAUCCCUGGCCGACGAGCACGAACGAUGCUUGGGAUGGAUUUCUCUGGAUCUCGAAACAUGCCAAGGACAUCUUGCGGGCUGAUCCUGCGAAAGGAUUCAUCAUAGGCGGCGUCUCUGCGGGAGCGAGCAUGGCCAUAUCUUUUGCACAUCUGGCUCGGGAUCUAAACCACGAGCCGCGGAUCACCGGUGUCUUUUCGAAUUGUGGUUCCGCGCGACCGGCAGAUCCGAAGAUGUUGGAGGAGAAGUAUGCUUCGAGAUAUCUGAGUCGAACACAACCCGAUUGCGUCAACAAUCCCGUUCUAUCCAAGGAGAUGACGGAUUGGAUGACGGCUUGCUGUAAGCCGGACACAAAGGACAAAAUCUACUCUUCAAUGUUGUGGCCUGGCGAGCAAGGACGGAAAGGGCUUCCGAGAGUUUAUCAGCAAUUGUGUGGAAGAGACACGAAUCGAGAUGAAGGGUUGAUCUGGGAUGACAUGUUGAAAAAUGAUGGCGUGGAAACACGAUUGGACAUGUAUGUGGGAUUGCCGCAUUGUUUCUGGUUGGCUUUGGCGCAUUUGCCAGAAUUCGGGCAGUGGAGAGAGGAUACCACGGAAGGAUUUCGAUGGCUACUAAGGUAA